AUGCGUUUCACCACCCUUUUCGCCGUCUUCGCCGUCCUCGUCAGCUCACUCGCGGCCGCUCUCCCCGCAGAGCUGCAGCAAGCCGCGCCCGCUCAAGAGAAGUGCGGCUGGGGCUUCUACAGGCGCCUCCCUGACCGAGAGGUUGGGGCUGGCGAGCUAGAGGGCAGGAACACAGCCGCACUCGUAGAUCUCUGGCAGAACGAUCGCUGCUUCGACCUCGAGGACACCGUGUGGAAAAUCAACAUCGAUAAUCCUCGAUGUGGUCUCUGCGUCUUCUUCGCGGACAACAACUGCAUGGAGGCAAUCACUUGGUUCGGCGGUCCGACGCACGAGAUCAGGAUUCCGGACUCCAAGAGCUUCUGGCGUCGACCGGAACGACCACGGAUUCUCCCAAGCUUGCUCUCCGCACAACAUGAGGUCUAA